CAGUUCUGUGUGUAGGCAGGUACCAGUGACUGUGUAGCUGCAGGACAGGGAACUAAUGACGCGGCAGCACUUCUGCAAACCAGAACCUGUGGGACGGAGAAGAUCACAAGCCAAACAUGUGUCAACAGCUCAGAGCAGUGUGACAAAAGGCAAACAGCAGCCUGACACACGCAAGCAGGUGAGUCGUGUGUGAGGCACAGGAAACAGUCCCGAUCUCAUGGACCUUGCGUGCCAGAGAGGAAUCACACCAGGAAUCACACCCCGGGCCUGGCGUGGGGGUACCGGCGCCACAGGUGCUGGCUCAGUGAUGAGUACACGGGCAUAAUGACACCCGACCACCGGGGAACAGCUCCGGGGCUGUCAGAUACCGGGGAGCUGCAAAGGCGGGAGAAGUAACUGCCCUCGGCCUGCACCGGGAGAACACCGGCAGCUGGGGACACCGGGAGACACGGUUUCUACGGGAGACCAUGGUCUAUGGAUCAGAGGAAACUUCUCUUUCAAUGGCUGAAACACCGGGGGCUGAACUGCUACAUGUACGCGCCCAAGGAUGAGCUGAAGCACCGACUGCUCUGGAGAGAGCCCUACACAGAGCAUGAGGCAGCCCGCAUGAGGUCUCUCAUUGAAGCUGCCCAAGAGCAGGGUGUGGAGUUUGUUUUCGCCAUUUCUGCAGGCCAGGACAUGGUGUUCUCAAGUGCCGGGGAUCGGCUCCUGCUGCAGCAAAAACUCAGGCAGGUGGCUGCCAUGGGGUGCUGCUCCUUCGCACUGCUCUUCGACGACAUCGACCCCUGCAUGUGCCAAGCUGACAGAGACGUCUUCCCCUCCCUGGCACAGGCUCAGGCGUCUGUGGCCAACGAGGUGUACCAGGAGCUGGGCCAACCCUCCGUCUUCCUCUUCUGCCCUACAGAGUACUGCAGCUCUCUCUGCUCUCCCAGCCCCACCAAGUCCUGCUACUUGCUGACCCUUGGCCAGGAGCUGCUCCCGGGCAUUGGUGUCAUCUGGACAGGCCCAAAGGUGGUGUCACAGGAGCUCUCAGCCACACUGCUGGAGGAGGUGGAGGGUGUCCUGCGGCGCCGCCCUGUCAUCUGGGACAACCUGUAUGCCAACGACUAUGACUGCAGACGUGUCUUCCUGGGGCCCUACACGGGACGUGCCCCUGGCCUCAUGUCCAGGCUCCAUGGACUGCUCCUCAACCCCAACUGUGAACUCCAGGCCAACUUCAUCCCCAUACACACAUUGGGCAGCUGGUUUCAGAGUGAGCUGAGGAUCUGUGCCCACCCUGAUCACGCAGGGAUGGAGACUGCGACUGCUCUGGGGGACAGCCAAGGGACACAAGAGGGGAGCUACAGCCCCCAGGAGGCCUUGGAGCUGGCGCUGCUUGACUGGGUGGCUGAGAUAAACCGGCAGGCUUUGGAACCAGGAGGAAAGACCCCGGGACACCCCAACAUCACCCUCAAGGGAGGAACGAAGCUCCAGCCCAGCACAGCAGGAGGACAGGAGGUCAUGCCCGACCCCCAGCCCCACAACUCCGUUCCCAGUGAGGCAGAACAGCAUGGCCCUGAGCCCUGCCACGUGGCACCAGGGGAGUCAAGGAGGAAGGUGACCUCGGAGCCUGAGAAGGGUAGUGGGAGCAGGACCCCUGCCAGCAGUCGGCAAAGCCCCACAGGGGAUGGGGACCAGCUCACCACAGGGAGCAGAGAGAGCUGUGAGUCCUCCUCUGCUCUGCUCAGCCCAGCUGGGACUGCCCAGUCUGCAGGAAUCCCAGUGGCUACCAAGACCCUCCACAGCCCAGACCCUGCAAUGUGCUGCAGUAAUGGGGCCAACACCAGCCAGAACCUUCCUCUACCCACCAGUGAUGCUAGGACAGGGGGUGACAACCUCCCCCAGUCCCCCAGCAGCACCCAGCCUGAGGCCAGCAGGCCUGACAUGCCCCAGACGCCCCCAGGGCCCAGGGCUGGUGCCAGCCCUGACCCCCCAGCACCAGUCACUGAUGGGGCUGGCGCCAGCCCUGGGCCCCUGGCUCUGUUCACUGAUGAGGUUGAUGCUAGCCCUGGCCCCAUGGCACCAUUGACCCCAGAGGAGGCUGAAUCCAGCCUCAAGGUUGUCUUGACCCCAGAGGAUGCUGGGUCUGGCCCCACGGUACCACUGACCCUGAAGGAGGCUGGAUCUGGUCCCAUGGAAGAACCACUUAACUUCAAUGAGGACAGGACCAGCCCCACAGCACCAGCAACCCCAGAGGAGACCAGGUCCAGCCCCACAGCUCCAGUGACUCCAGAGGAGGCCAGGUCCUUUCCCACAGCACCAGUGACCCAAGAGGAGCCCAGAUCCAGCCCCACAGCUCCAGUGACCCCAGAGGAGGCCAGGUCCAUCCCCACAGUUCUGGACACCCCAGAGGAGACCAGAUCCAGCCCCAAAGCUCCAGUGACCCCAGAGGAGGCCAGGUCCAUCCCCACAGUUCUGGACACCCCAGAGGAGACCAGAUCCAGCCCCAAAGCUCCAGUGACCCCAGAGGAGGCCAGGUCCAUCCCCACAGUUCUGGACACCCCAGAGGAGACCAGAUCCAGCCCCAAAGCUCCAGUGACCCCAGAGGAGGCCAGGUCCAUUCCCACAGCACCAGUAACCCUAGAGGAGGUCAAGUCCAACCCCACAGCUCCGGUGACCUCAGAGGAGGCCAGGUCCAUCCCCACGGCACCGCUGACUUCAGAGGAGGCUGGAUCCACCCCUAAGGCACUGAUGACCCUUGAGGAGGCCAGGUCCAACUCCACAGCACUGCUGACUCUGGAGGAGGUGCGGAUGCUGGUGGAGCUAUUCUACCUGCCCUACCAUCAUGGGCCACAGGCGCAGCAUCUCCUGGAGCACUUUCGGUGGCUCCGGGCAAACAGCCUCAGUGUGGGGGUCCCGGCCACGGCACCUGAUGCCUGCGAGGGCACGCGGUGGCGCGGCCGAGCCCAGUCCUUCCAGCUGCUCUGCGCUCAGACAUGCCGCCUGCACAGCCACUUCGUCAGCAGCGCCGGACGGGCACUGCUCUACGACCUCCACCCCUACCUCUGGGACAUCCGCAACAUGUUGUUGGCCGCCAGUGCCUUCAUCCUCUGGCUGGAUGGCCAUCUCCUCUGUGACCCUGACCCCAAGGGCACCUGGGGAAGCUGCUUUGGCUGGUGCCAGAGCAUCACUGCCCCGAUGCUACUGAGGGGGGACGCUGAGCCCUGGGCGCGUCGUGGGGGCCUCUUUGGAGAGCUGCAGGCACUGCUGCCCGUGGGGAACAGCUGUGACCUCUUCUACCACCCACCUCCACUCUUCCCAUCCAGCCAGCUCUAUGUCCUGCGCCCACUGCUGCCUCUGGACAAGGGAGAGCUUUAUCGAAUGUGCCGGGAGAGUUUGGACUGUGACCCCAAAGUGGCAAAGAUCCUUGCAGCCCACCCCGAUCUCCUCGGUGACAGGCUGCUGGGCAGCUUCCUGAGCCUGAGCCCCGAGUACACGUUUGUGCUGGAGGAUGAGGGUGGUCCCUGCGGCUACGCAGCCGGAGCACUCUGCGCUGAAGGCUUCCUGCAACAGCGAGACAGCAGCUGGCUGCCGGCCAUACGGCACAAGUACCCCCGAGACCUGGGCACGGGUGCCCCAGCUCUGGGACAGGAUGCCCUGGAGGAAGCACUGCUCUUCUUCCACACAGAGCCACCGGCUGUGCCCCUGCCUGUGCUGCGGCGCUUCCCCUCCCUGGUGCAGCUGGGCACGGCCCCCCGUGUGCUGGACGUGGGGGCCAGCCGCAGCCUGGCCAUCUGCCUGCUCAGUGCGCUCCGGGCCAACGGGUCGCGGGGAGUGUUUUGCCAGGUCAGUGCCACCGAUCGGCAGCAGCUGAGCUUCUACAGCAAGCUGGGCUUCGUCGCCCUGCCGGUGGCCUGGGGCAACUCCCCCGAUGCUCGGCUGCUGGGACGUCUCCUCUGAGCGCCGCUUUGGAUGGGGACACAGGGAGCCAGUGCCACGGGACAGGCUGAUCCCCAUCCCGCACAGCAUCAGCCUGAGGGAGUGGGAGCAGAGGGGCACCGUGAGCAGGGCACUCACAGGUGGUGGGGGACAUGGCCUGGGGGUGAGCAGGAUGUCACUGGGAUGUGUGCAGGGCACUGGGCAACAGAGAGGUAUUUCUGACGUCUCAGGAGAUUUGGGCAUCGAGGCCCCUGCACUCCUCCCCCCACUGCUCCUGUGUGCUGAGCACACUCCACUUUUACCCCAAGGCUGUCUGCAGACCACCAGCCCUUGUGAGACCCCCACGGGCAGUAUUUACGGUGAUGGUCUCAGAGCACGGCACAGUGCAUUAGUGCUAAGGGAGUGUCCCUGUCCCACAGGCUGGGCUGCCCAGCUCUUCUCCAUCCUCUGCGUGGCCCUGGGCUGGGCAGCUGGUGCCGGGGCUGGCUCUCGGCACCCAGGACCUUCUUGUCUGGAACAAUCUGGUAUGGGACAUAGUGAGGCAGCAUCUAUCACUGCUGCCCAGGGGCUGAGGGAAGUGCUGUCCUUGGCAAUAAAGCAUUUG